GCCAGGUCAUAUGGUUUCCCCGCUUCUGCUUUCCCCAAGGAGGGAUUUUCCCUAAACACGCAUUUUGUCUUGACUCUCACUGUCCAUGGCAGUGGGAUGACUUUUGUGACUGCAGGAGCCCACUGCAAGGAUCUGCUCAGCUCCGGCCUUCUCCCUGGCUCCUCUGGGAAGAACACCCAGGAAGGGCCACCUAAGGACAUAGUGAGAAAGUGACCAUCUGGAAGCCUGGAAAGCAAAUUUGCCAGCACCCCCCAGCCUUCGGAACUGUGGGAAAAAAACACACCUGUUGUGACCCCUUAGGGCCCCUGGCCAUCUGCGCCCCGCCGAGAUGGGGUGCCACUCCAGUAAGACCACGCUUGUGGCAGAAGAGCCCCGCAAGCCUGGAGAGGAGCCGGAGGGAGAAGAGCCCAGCGUGGAGACCAGCACGGAGGCGGCGCUGGAGCAGGACGCCUCGCUGCAGGAUGGAAGCCCUGAGCAGAGCUGAGGUGCUGUUCUCUGGAGAUCGAUGCUCACCUCUGUGGAGCAUGAGACAAACCCCAUCGUGAGAGGCUCCAGAGGGAGGAGAGACAGAUGCCCCGCGCUGGGGUUCAGGUUUCAGAAGUUACCCGCAGCUGGCUUUGCUAAUGGGAGCUGUGGGUGGAGGCCCUUUCCCAGCCCUGGGGAAGAGAGGAUGGAAGAAGCCUGCACACAUCCUGGAAUGUCAAAGACGCUUCUGGAAGCAGCCGAGCCUGGCCACAGCCUGUGCUGGCUCCACCGCCCCCUGUCAUGGGCUGUGGAGGCCCAGCGACCCCCCCACCUGCCCCAGUUUCCUGCUCCAGGGUUGUGACAUUGACUGGGGUGUGUGGAUCUCUUCCUCUUCCCCUUCUCUCCUUUUUAUUCCAGCAGCCGAUGGAACAGCCCAUGUCCCUGACCAGAAGGCUUUGCAUUUGGCUCUCUCUACACUGGUUGUAUGAAUAAUUGAAUAUCCAACUUGCAGUACUGUUAAUGAGUUAUGGGAAUCUU